AUGUAUCGAUUAUAUUUUUGCCGAUGGGCUUCAACAUUUUCAACUCGAUAUACGGCCAAAAACGAGCCUAUACUAGAGUACCGACGUGGUAGUAAGGAAGUCAAACAAUUGGAAGAGAGCCUUAAUGAAUACAAAUCAAAAUUGAAUCGUAUUCCUUGUAUUGUCGAUGGGAAAGAAGUUUGGACAAAUGCUGUUCAACGACAACUCCUUCCAUUCGAUCAUCGACACGUUCUUGCCGAAUAUUGUCUCGCAGAUCCCGCGCUUCUAGAAAGAGCAAUUGAGAGUGGAGUCAAAAAUCGAUCUAACUGGGAACUGAUGCCGGUCGAACAACGAGCCAAUAUUUUUCUCAAAGCAGCCGAUCUUGCUUCCGAUUUAAAAUGGCGUUCUCGACUUCUGGCUACGACAAUGCUCGGUCAAGGUAAAACAAUUUUCCAAGCCGAAAUCGAUGCUGCCUGUGAAGUGAUCGAUUUCUGGCGCUUCAACGUACAAUAUCUCGCAUCUGCCCUUUCCUAUUCGCCAAUAAGCACUCGUGAUUCAGAAAACACCUAUAUUCAACGAGGUCUCGAAGGUUUUGUAGCUGCAGUUUCCCCAUUCAACUUUACUGCCAUCGGUGCUAAUCUUGCUUCAUCACCGGCUCUCAUGGGCAAUACGGUCCUAUGGAAAUCAGCCAAUACAGCUGUACUAUCCAAUUAUGUGGUCUAUAAAAUUCUCGAAGAAGCUGGACUUCCACCAGGUGUUAUUCAGUUCGUGCCAUCGAAAGGUGGAGAUUUCGGGCGAGCAAUUACCCGAUCACCCCAUCUAGCAGCAAUUACAUUCACGGGUAGCACAGACACGUUCAAGGUAGAAAAAAAAUUUCGAUUAUCUUUUUUCUUUCAUCGAGAUACGAUAUUCUAA